AUGUCGUUAAAUUCGAAUUUAAAAGAUGAAUUUAAUGAAAAUACUUUAUUAUAUUUAAGAUGGCUAAAACAAAAUCAAGUAAAAAUAUCACCCAAAAUUACAAUAUAUGACUAUACAUCAAUAAAUCAAGGCAGAGGAGUUAUAGCAUUACAAGAUAUCAAAAAUGGAGAAAUAUUAGCCAAGAUUCCUAAAAAUAUUUUAAUAAAUUUAAAACAAAAUUUAAUAAUUGAAAAUUUCCCUUGUUUAAAACAAAAAAUAAUUAGAUUAAAUCAUUGGGACUCAUUAAUUAUAAUACUAAGUUAUGAAAUAAGACAUAAGGAUAAAAGUAAAUGGAAAGAUUAUUUAAAAAUUUUACCAAGUUGUAAAUCUGAUUUUAAUCAAUUGAUGUUUUGGGAUUCAAAUGAAUUAAAUAUGUUACAACCUUCAUAUAUUUUGGAAAGGAUUGGUAAAGAUAGUGCUAAAAAGAUGUUUGAACAAAUUAAAAAAAUUAUUGAAGAACUUAAAAUUACUGAAUUACAAGAUUUAACAUUUGAUGAAUACAAUAUAAUUGCAACUUUAAUAAUGUCAUAUUCUUUUGACGUUGAAUUAACUGAUGAUGAAGAAAACCAAUUAAUUAAUGAACAACUAAAAACUGACUCGCAAGAAGAUAAAUUAGCACACGAGAAUCACAACACUAACGAAAUUCAAGAAAUUGAAGAUGAUGAAACUAAAGAAGAAAUUUCAAUAUUAUUAGACGGGAAUUUAAAAUCAAUGGUACCAUUAGCAGAUACACUAAAUGCAGAUACAAAUUAUAAUAAUGCAGUAGUAAUACAUGAAUCUGAUUAUUUAGUGGUGACGAGUAUCAAAGAUAUUAAACAAGGUGAACAAAUAUACAACACUUAUUCGAAUCACCCCAAUUCAGAAAUUUUAAGAAGGUACGGCUAUGUGGAACCAGAAGGUUCAAAAUUUGAUUUUGGAGAUAUUCCAUUACUGAUCAUACAACAAUUCUUUUUAGAGAAAUAUAAUGUUAGUGAAGAUGAUUUAAACUUGUUAUUUGAAAUAUUGGGUGAAAUAUCAUAUGAAGAACGAAUAGAAGAAGAUGAAGAUACAAAUGAAGGAGUUGAAUUAAUAAUUGAUAGUUAUGAUUGUUUUAAAAGUGGUGAAGUUAUUAUAGAAUUGAUUUUUUUGGUUCAAUUUUUAACUACCUUUUUGAAAUCAAAUCAACAAAUUAAAAUAUCACCUGUUAAAAGAACAUACCUCAAAAUAUAUCAACUCAUAUCAUCGAAAAAAGUUACUACUGAAUUUUUAAAAAAUUUCAAAGAAAUUUUGGAAAUUAGAUUAGAUCAGUACCCUAUUUAUGCAUCUGAACCAUUUGAUAAAAUUUUGAAAAUUUGGAAUAGAGAUGAAAUGUCAGAAAUUGUAUUGAAAUCUGAAUAUCAUGCAUUAAAGAAUUGUAAAGAUGGUGGAAUUUCAACAAUUGGUAAAACAUUAGAUUCAAAAGUGAAAUUAAUUGAUGAUGAUAAAUUAAUUAGAGCAAUAUUGAAAAAGAGAACAACCACUGAAAAUGAAGGAGAUAUUCAAGACGGAGAAGAACAUAAAAAUGGUACUCAUAAAGAGGAGAAUAAUAACAAGAAACAAAAAUUGUAA